UUGCCAUCAUCACCACCUUUUCUGUAAAUCCUAGGGACCAGAUAUUUACAACACCUGUGGCAUAUUUAUAUUCCUAUGUAAAAUGCUUCCACUUUUUUCAAGUUCCUGUUUCAAGUUACACUUUAUUUCUGCAACCAUAUGAGUGCACAAGCUGUCUGAACUAAGAACCGAGAUCAAGUGAUUAAGGACCAUCAGAGCAAACACUGGUGUCCCUCUGCAUUCUUUGAGCCAAUCUUGUGCGCUCAAAUUACCUAUCUGGUCUAUAAGCUGACUGCUGAACACAAGGUAUGUUUCCAACAAGGAUAAUCUGUAUUAAAUAGUACUUAUUAUGGGACUGAUAUUUGAGAUUGAGGGUUCUUUUAAACAUACAACACAUAACACACAUUAGACAGAUAUCAUAUAAUAUACUAUAUAAUCUAAUGUAAUUGUUUUAAAUUGUGUACGUUAUUUACAGACAUUCAAUCAUUAAUAAUGACAAUGCAAGCAGAACAGAAAAGCCUCUGUUUUGUCACCUGGAACACAAAUGGUAUUAAAAAUACCGAGAAGUUACCCCAAAAAUUCUCAACAAUUUUAAAGAGCCUUAGUGACCUUCAGGCUGAUAUUGUCUUUAUACAAGAGACACAUGUUGGGACAGACUGUUACAAAAUCUUAGAAGAUGUUCCAGGCUGGAAAGUCUUCUUCACCGUACACAACUCUUGCAGUAAAGGAGUCGCAAUACUGAUAAGAGACGAAGUAAAAUUUGAGUACAUAUGCCAUGAUGAGGACUUCAGUGGAGGUUACAUUGUGCUCUUCUGUGGACUGCAUCAUGAACUGUACACUCUUGUUAACGUGUACAAUCAUAAGUCAGACAGAAAUGUCUUGGGUAGAUUGAAAGACUAUUUAAUGGAAACAGCUGAGGGCAUGCUAGUGGUUGGAGGUGAUUUCAACACAGUUUUGCAUCCCUGCUUUGAUCGGAGAUCUUUAAGUUCUCAUGCAAGACAUUCACAAUUCAGAGCUUUUUUAGAAGAUUUUACUGUUUCUCUCAAUCUCAGAGACACCUGGUCAUACAAACGUCCUACUGAUGAGGUCAUUACACGGCAUCAGAAUGACAGUCGCUCCAGAAUAGACAUGUUUUUCCUGCCAGAGCACAAAUUGGGACGAGUGUGUAAAAUUAAUGUAGCUGAAGUACAGGGUGUUUCUGAUCAUUAUCCUCUUGUACUAGAACUCACAGUUAAGCACAGAACUGAAACAAACCUCCCGAAUGUUGCCUUACGGCUGCCACAGCCUUUUAAAUACACACCUGAUAGAAGACCAGGGAAGAUUAGUGGGGCAGAAGUACUGAGUGCCAUUAAAUCUUUCACUGAUUUAGAAGAGUACUCACUUGAUAUGAAGCAAGUGAAGUCAUAUAAAAAUCACUGCGGUCAACUGACUGAGACCUUAAAAAACAAAUACAAUUCAAUAAAGAAAAACGAGAUAACACAUAUAAACACCUUUGAGCAUUUGAUAUUCUCUCUAAUUUUGGCAAAGCGUCUCAAUGCAUCCAUUUCCCCUUCUUUCAAGGGAAACAUAGAGACCAAUCUUGGUACAUUUUCCACUGUGAAAUUUGAGACAGGCCCACAGACAAUCAAGUGGUCUUUCCUUGAGAUAAAACUUAAGAAUCUACAACCUAGGGUGAAGAAGCCACAACCUAGGGUGAAGAAAACAAAACAGAGCCCUUCUGCCCCUCCACCAGAGUUCAGCAUUCUGGAACAUUUUCUGGAUUGCCUUCUCCCUAAAGACCAAAUCUCUUCUGAACUCAGACUUUUGGAGCCUGGGUGUCCACUCACAAAUGCUAUCGUCAAUCUGGCUCUGAAUGAGCUAGAAGCCAUAGUUUUACUUAAUUUUUGUAAGGGCACUAUUUGCUAUCAAAGACAGGUUCUGCGUGUACAUACACCUACGAUCACAUCUGAUUUUGUGGAUUUUUUCAUAAAUGUUUUCAAGAAGCAGUCAGGACUUAAAAUAAGUAUCUUACAACAUCCAGACUAAGUGGUCUUAAAAUAAGUUACUUCACAGAAUUAAUUCGAUUUAAUUUUAUAUAUUAUAGUAGUUGCAAUUAUUUGUUCCCAUAUUAUUAAUUUUGAUGGCUGACAUGAUUGCAAAUGUGCUCACAGCCAGUAAAGAAAGAUGACAAUUGUCGACGAAUUACGAUCAAGGCUUAUUGUUUAGGCCUAUAGGUCAAGUUCCCUUUUUUCUUAACCAUGGGGAAAAUAAACAUGGGUCCUCAUACAUGUAUAAUACACUGACAAAUUUAUCUCAUUUUUAACAUACACACUAAUAAUAUCACUAACUUCAAUUUUUUUUUCUUUGACAAAAUAUGGGCAAGAUUAGUUAUGUGCUUUCUUUAAAAGGUAAUAAGAAACUGCUCACAGUACUAAUAUCUUCUUAUUUAGAUUUCUGUAAUGCUGUACUAAAUUACAAAAUGAAUGUGGCAGCAGAUGUUUUAACAAGUUAGCAUUAUUUUUAUUUAUUUAUUUAUUUAUUUUGUAAUGGAGCCAGAGGUGAUUUAUUAAAGAAAAUGGGUAAAAACUACACAUACUACAGAGUACAAAAUAUGGUUAAUUAUGGUACAAUACAGACUUAAGUAAGCAUAAGUAACUCUAACUUUAGUAACUGUAUUUUGGAACUAUACUUAAAUAUUGUUUUGGGGCAUUUAUAGUUUACUUAUUCUUACGCUUACUCUUACUUAUCUACAUUAGAGAAGGAAACAAUUUUUUCCACCAUUUUUACUGACACCAUCAAAGUACUCAUUACAAAUGUCUUCUCUCAUCUAGUCAAUGAUUGUAUGCUAUAUAUCAGGAGAAGGGGUUUACAUGCAUUUUAUUUACAUUUCAUUUUCAGUUUAAAAAUAGAAAAAAAUAUGAAAGUGUAAAUUGUUUGCAGUUAGGAGAUUGGUCAAAUCCAGCUGGUUGCAAAGCUGGUUUUCUCUGUUUUCACUCCUUUAAUCUCAGAAAUAUCUCACGUCAGAAAAUUAUAAAGGAGUUUCAGACUCUAUAUCUACAGUUUCAGUUUUGAUUUUCUUAGACUUGUUUAGAUUUUCUUUCAACAGCUAGGAUUUUUGGAUCAAUCUGUAAGAUGAUAGGUUGUAUUUGUAUACAUAAAAUGUUAGUUUUAUAUUUGUAUAAUAUAUUUAUGAUAUAUGUAAAUUAUUACAGCAAUGAUGCAAUGCUUUGUGUAAUCAUUAUAUAUACAUAACCAGCAGUUUUUAGUCUUUUUUAUAGCCUAAUGCUACAUUCAAAUGCCAUGUUUACUGUGUUUAUGAGAAAAUUGUAUUUGAAAAAAGAAAAUCCUUAAUGCCCCCAGAGGUGUCUGACUAUCAUAAUAAACAUUAUUACGAAGUUUGUA